AUGUCUAAGACGGUUCCUCGCGCGGCAGCUACCGCUUCAACAUCUGCCGACCCCGAGGUACCCCGGCCGAAGAGGAUAGCUUGCAUUGUGUGUCGGAAGAGAAAGCUAAGAUGUGAUGGGAGCAAGCCUAGCUGUGGGACAUGUGCGAGAUUGGGACAUGACUGUGCUUAUGAUGAGAUACGACGGAAGAGCGGUCCAAAACGAGGAUACGUCAAGGCGUUGGAAGCACGACUUGCUCAGGUCGAGACUAUGCUUAAGGAUCAGGGACCCGCGGCGGAUGCCCAACAAUCGCUAGGCGGAAACCUAAGCUUUGCGAGCACACAGCUCGUAGACCCGCCAAUUUACUCCACCACCGGUGACCCCUCGACCUAUAUCGCGAACAAAGACGAUGGGGGCAUGGGCUUGGGGGAAGGGUUUGCGCUUGCGGGAUCGCCGGGUCCGGGCCAGGGCCCGUUCGCCUCGGGGUCACCUGGUCUAUUGCAGAUGGAGAUGGGAAUGCCGCCGAUGAUGGGAGAUACGCCUCACUCUUCCCCGCUGAAUUGGGAUAUGAUGGCUAUGGGACUGGAAGAAGCGCUUCCCGCUCCGGAUAUCAUAGACUCUUUACAUCGAACGUAUUUCGAGAAGAUUCACCCCUGUUUACCCGUGCUUCACAAGGGGCGGUACCUGGCCGCCCUGGAUCUGGCUCCAAGCGCGAGGCCCCCGGUUGCGCUGCGGUACGCUAUAUGGACAAUGGCUGCGUCGGUUUCGGAAGAGUACUCCAAUCUUCAGACACAUUUCUACCGACAUGCGAGGAAGUACAUUGAGGACUGCGAGUUGAAGGGGCACGGAGAGAGUAUUAUCUCGGUUGCUGCUUCCCAGACGUGGAGUUUGAUCGCUUGUUAUGAGUUUAAGCUCAUGUACUUCCCACGUGCUUGGCUGUCGACAGGGAGGGCUGUCCGGUUGGCACAGAUGAUGGGGAUGCACAGGCUGGAUGGGGUAGGACUGGACGUAAAACAGUGCCUGCCAGCGCCCAAGGACUGGACCGAGAGGGAAGAGCGUCGGCGGACUUUUUGGAUAGCUUUUUGCAUUGACAGAUAUGCUUCCAUUGGCACUGGCUGGCCGAUGACUGUCGAGGAGAAAGAUAUAUUGACAAAUCUCCCGGCUGCCGAUGAUGCCUUUGACCAGGGACGGCCAUCAAGGGGCUUAUCGUUGAAAGAGGCCAUGACUGCUGAGGGGGCUUCACUUUUAUCACCAUUUGGUGGUGUCUGUCUAAUGGCUUGUCUAUUUGGGCGGAACCUUAUUCACCUGCAUCGGCCCGACGGGGACGAUAGGGACGAUGAUCUCAAUGGGGAAUUUUGGAGACGCCACCGGCACAUGGAUAAUAUAUUGCUCAAUAUUGCCCUGUCCCUUCCGCCACAUUUCCGGUUGCCGAGUGGUAUCGCGGACCCCAAUAUUGUGUUUACAAAUAUGAAUAUUCACACUUCGACCAUCUGCUUACAUCAAGCGGCCAUUUUCAAAGCCGAUAAGAACCGGAUGCCGGCGACCGUAUCGGCCGAGUCAAAGAUAAGGUGUAUUACCGCCGCUGCGGAAAUUGCAUCCAUCAUGAGGAUGGUUUGCCAUCUCGACUUGUCAGGGAUGAAUCCGUUCAUUUCUUUCUGCCUGUACGUUGCAGCUCGAGUAUUCGUCCAGUACCUCAAGUCCAGACCCUCCGAUGAGCAGGUCAGGUCGUCCCUCCAGUUCUUGCUCACUGCCAUGGGUCACUUGAAAAAGAAGAACCCACUGACAGAGUCAUUUUUGGUCCAAUUGGACGUCGACUUGACUGGAAGCCUUGACGCGCCGGUGAAUAACUCCAAAUUCCCUUACGGACUCAAGAAAGGGCAGGCGGAAUUAUACGUAGGCCGCAGUUCUGGCUUCUACUGUCCCAACACAGCCGAGGCCCUCCCAGCAGACAAACCCCGCAACAGCGCCAGCACUACACCCCCAGACCACCGAUCCCAAUCCCAACACUCCCAAUCCUCUUCCCUUCUCGACGACUCCCCUUCAUACCUUCGUCCAGACACCGAUGUCCUAGACGGUGACCUAGCAAACAUCCACCCUUCCUGCCCCUGCAUGCCGCACGAAAUCCGUGCCGUCCUCGAACGCCGGGCAAAAACCACACCUCCUACGCGCGACCUACCAAAAUACCUCGGAGGAAUCCUGCCUCCGAUCUGCCCCUGCAUGACACCCGAAAUUCGCGCGUACGUAGAGGCCUCGGCCAAAGAAGCCGGGGUGCAACCCGAGUAUGCCACGCACAAUUACAGCAAUUCCUCAGACAACGGACAGUCGCCGGCUUCUGUUAAUCAUAGUGACCAUUCGCAAGCUUCCGGGGGCGGACCGCAUAGUGGAGGGGGCCAAUCGUCGGGCGGAUAUUCACCGUUGCCCUCUUUCGAGGAUAUCACGGUUGAUAUGGGUGGUGGAGCGGGGGCAGGAGGUGGAAGCGGGUAUCCAUUGGUGAAGGACAUGAAUUGGGAAAUGCUGGAUUUGGACCCCGGGUUCGAUGAUGCUGGGAUAGGGAGUAUGCCGCCGGGGAGCUUUGGAGAGUAUUUUGCGGAGAGUACGGCUUGA